UGCAAACCCGGAAGUGAAAGGGUGUGCGUGUUGACAAGCAACACCCGCGUGUGUUUACAAGGAAAUUUUAGCUUUAGACCGUAGCCGAAUGGAAAGAUGACUGCCCAGGAGGUGCGUUUAUGUGGUCUUCUGCUGCAGGAGCACUUCGGAGAAGUGGUGGAGAAAGUAGGAACACAUCUGCUCAGAAGUGGAGCCCAAAAUUUAAGAACCAUCCUUAAUGAGACCGGGAUCUCUCUGGACUUGGUGAAAAAGUCACUGUGUGUGCUCAUCCAGCACGGCACUUGCACGUUCAGCCCAGGCCGCAAAGGACCUGGGAGCCCCGCCGAGUUCCAGACAAGCUGCAAUCUCAUUCUGAAAAUCCUACGUUACCCUCGCUACAUCUACACAGCCAAGACCCUGUAUGGUGACACGGGAGAGCUCAUCGUAGAGGAGUUACUGCAGAGAGGUCACAUGACCAUGAGCAGCAUUGUUAAAAUAGUGGCGGAUCGCCUCACACAGACGAUGGAGGAUGGCCAUAGCAUGGAUUACAGUGAAGUCACUUCUGCCUUCUCCAAACUGGUGGAGACACAUUUUGUUCAACGCUGCCCUCCAAUGGCAACUGCACGAAGUACAGGCAGUGCACACUCCGCUGCAGCGGCCGACACUCCUGCUGUCACCAGUGCCCCCGGCCCAGAGAGCUUCCCAGACUGCUACAGGGUGCCGCAAGUGACGCUCAUCGGACGAGGCAAGAGGCAACUGGAGGACGCAGAUGAGCAAAGCAUUGCAAAGAAGGCCAGAAUGGAGACAACGACUCAUGGCGAUGAGGGCGUUUACUGGCAGGUGAAUUUUGAGAGGUUCCAUCUCCAUUUCAGAGACCAGGCCAUCAUUGGUGCUGUGGCCAACAAGCUGGACCAGACCAGCAGCGAGAUAGUAAGGACCAUGCUGAGGAUGAGCGAGGUGACGACCUCGCCCACGGCCGCCUACACGAAGCCCCUCGCCGCCAACGAGAUCUUCAGGUCCCUGCCGGCCGCCUAUAACAUCCCCAGACCCAUCUUAGACCAGUACCUCACUCUGCUGGUGGAUGACCCGAUGGAGUUUGUAGGCAAGGCUGGCGAAAGUGGGGGAGGGAUGUUUGUCGUCAAUUUGCACCGAGCGUUGGCCAGUCUAGCGCGGGCCACCGUGGAAUCUGUCGUACAAGAGAGGUUCGGAUCCCGAUCGGCUCGCAUCUUCCGUCUGUUGCUGAAGAAGCGACACCUGGAACAGAAGCAGGUGGAGGACUUUGCCAUGAUUCCAGCCAAGGAGGCCAAAGACAUGCUCUACAUGCUUCUCUCACAGAACCUGGUCCAGCUGCAGACGUGUGGCCUAACUGUGCUAGUUAGCAAAGAACUACAGAGUCAACUGCUGAUGACAUCAUAGACGGGCAAGGGAGCUGACUUCUGCUUCCUGUUUCCAUGUUUUAGCCAGUUUCUAACAUGGACGUAUUGUGAUAAAAUACUUUAAGAACACAGUUAUUACAGUUACCCGGCAUAUUCUACGCUAACCAGAAAGUGUACACCAACCGAUGCAAAAUUUUGGCUUAAAUCAAGAUCUUGCGAGAUUAAAACAUGACAAGAUUUGUCAUUCAGAAAAAAAAAUGUGUCAUGGUCACUACACCUGGGAUAAUAAUAAAUUAAUUCAUCGCACAAUAAAUGAGAAUGAACUGGAUAAUAUGCCGGCCUCAAUAUAUUGCCAUGUGCAUGCAUGCGCCUCCAAACAGGCAGGAAGUGGAUUCACUCUGUGCAUCGGUUUUAGCACCUUGGCGCGUUAUCCAUAGCACAACGGCAUGAAAGGAGUGAGCCCUCUUGUCAGUCAUACAGUCUCUUUGUCGCGAUGGGUGGAGGCGGGGCCGCUAGCAUACACACAGAGUGCAGAAGAGUAUAAUGUAGUAGAAAUGAUAAUAGAUUGUAAUAUAUUGUCAUAUUGUUAUAUUUUUAUUGUAAGUUUUUUCAAAGUAAUGUUAAAGUCUCGUCUUGUUGUCAUAGACCAAAUCUCGUGCAACAUCCCAACUUGUGAGUUCGGUGUCUCGUGAUACCACUAUUAGUUAUAAAUCUUUUUUUUUGGUCUUGGCUGUGAAUCGUUUACAAAUUAUCAGAUUACCCGAUAUAAAAGGUACCUGAAUCGGUACUUAAAAAAAAAAAGGAAAACACACAAAUUUUGUCCCCAAACAAUGCCUUUCUCUUUCUCUUUACAUAAUUUGUCAUGGUAAUUUAAAUACUUAAAUAAUAUAAAUAAAACCAUAACUACUGUAAGUAAUACAUUCACCAAUAGGCAUAAAAUCCACAACAAAUUGCGUGCAAAAAAAAAUUGCAUACAUUUGGCACCAUUGGAGCAGAAAUUGAUACAAUUGUGGCGAUGUUAGACUACCAUUAGAACGAUUUUUGCCUGCAGCGCUGCAUAAUGUAAAAUGUAAUACAUUGUCACCUCAUUAUGUAAUAAUGCUGCAUUUUGUAAUACACUUUGCUGCAUUUUUAAUAACUAAAAACAUGAGAAUAUUUGUUCUUCAGAGAUAUUUCUUCUUCCUGUCUCACAAGAACAAGUCAGCCAGAAGUCUGUCAGACUGUGAACUAUGGCCUUGCUACUGUGAAUGAUAAUACAUGUCAUGUGGAAGUGGCAGUGCGCCAGGCAGGAUUGGAGGUGCACUAUAAACCUUGCAAUCCUACCUGCACUUGGCGUACCCAGCAUCACAGUCACGAUGUGUGGCUGUUUUUUCCAUUGGAGUUGAACAGCUGCCGCGCCGUUGAAGUCCAAGCAGAAGCUGUAGUAAUUCUACACUUGCUCAAACUUACUUAGGAUUUGUCAGAUCAUAACACUCGCUGCAUAUGAUUUCUAUCAAAACAUGUGAUACUACCAUGUAUUUUGGAAAUUCAUUACUGUAUUUGCUGCUUCGGCACUCUAAGCAUCAUGGGAACUGUUCUUUUAGCGUAAACAUAAAGCUAAUCUCCUGCACUGUAUUGUGCAUGUGUCUUUCCAUAACUCCACGUGAACAGGAAUGAUUAGUAGUAGCAGCUACAACUGCUUUUUUUGUAGUUUUUGUUUUAAUUUGUGGGGGAAAAAAAAGCAUUAAUGCAUGCAAAGUUAUAAAACAUUUCAAAAUGU